AUGACGGAUUGUACACCUUCAAAUUCAAAAAAAAAUAAGAUUGCAAUCUAUGGCGGACGCCCAAAAAAGCCUAUAUGGAGAUUUUUUGAACAAGGAGAGGAGAUAGAUAAAGGGCAUUAUAUUGCAAUAUGUUUGGCUUGUAGGCAGACUUUCCGACCUGGAAAGACAACAGCUAUGGAAAAACAUAUAAUUAGUAAUUGUUUAAAAGUAGACCAUUCAAUUUGUGAGGCCGUCAUAUAUAUGGUAGAAGCACGUGAACGUGAAAUCUCUUCUGGUGCUAAUAUUAAACGCCAAAAUAAUGAUCAAACUAUUUUGGAAGAUUUUUAUGAAAGUUCAGAUUUAAGUAAGGAACGAAAAGAAGAUAUUGAUACAGCACUUAUUAAGGCAUUU